ACCCAAGCUGAAUCCAUGGAAAGGAUGAGCAAUGUAACAGAAUUCAUUUUGCUGGGCUUGACCCAGAAUCCAGAACUGCAGAAAUUCUUAUUUGCUGUGUUGUUAAUCACCUACUUGAUCACACUGGCAGGUAACCUGCUCAUCUCCGUCACCAUCUUCAUCAGCCCAGCCCUGGGUUCUCCCAUGUACUUUUUCCUGUCCUACUUGUCUCUUAUAGAUGGUUUCUACUCUUCUUCCAUAGCACCCAAAAUGAUCUAUGACCUGAUCUCUGAGAAGAACACCAUCUCCUUCAACGGCUGCAUGACUCAGCUCUUUGCAGAACAUUUCUUCGCUGGAGCUGAGAUCGUGUUGUUAAUUGUCAUGGCCUAUGACCGCUAUGUAGCCAUCUGUAAGCCCUUGCAUUACAUGACCAUCAUGAGCCGACCUGUCUGUGGUUUCUUCGUGGGAAUGGCUGGGAUUUUAGGCUUUCUUCAUGGAGGAAUCCAGAUUUUGUUCAUGGCCCAGUUACCGUUCUGUGGCCCCAAUGUUAUUGACCAUUUUAUGUGUGAUUUAAUACCUCUCCUGGAGCUAGCCUGUACAGACACUCGCACUUUGGGGCCCCUGAUUGCUGCCAACAGUGGAUCACUGUGUUUGCUCAUCUUUUCUAUGCUGGUUGCUUCUUAUGUCGUCAUCCUGCACUCACUGAGGACUCAUAGCUCUGAAGGGCGUCGCAAAGCCCUGUCUACCUGCGCCUCUCAUGUCACCGUUGUCAUCUUAUUCUUUGUACCUUGUUCGCUCCUGUACCUGAGACCCGUGACCUCCUUCCCCUCUGACAAAGCUGUGACUGUGUUUUGUACGAUAGUCACUCCCAUGCUGAACCCUUUAAUCUACACCCUCAGAAAUGCAGAAGUGAAAAAUGUCAUGAGGAAACUCUGGGGGCAAAUAAUGAAAAACAGCGAUAAAUGA